AUGGCAUUCCAAGUUCAUCCCCUCUUCUCAACUUACCCCGGAGCAUCCUUCGUUCCACUUCCCGGAAACUUCUCAGGACCUCAAUUCGCCCUUUCCUCUGGAGGUCCAUCAGCAGGUUAUUGGGGUCACGUACCUCUCGAACCACCUCAACCGGGUCAAUGGGGGGAAGUACCGGCUAUGGUAGCGAUGAGAGAGGGUAGAGGUACUGGUACUUUUGGUGGUGUAGGUGGACAGAUGUUCAAUUAUGGUUGGCCAAAGUAUGGACCGAUGCCUCUCAAACCUGAACUAGGAGGAUUCGUGGGGAAACUCAACCCUUACGGUCGUUCUUUCCCAUACGGAUUCUACAAAACUCCUUAUUGA